AUGGAGGAUUAUGUGACUGAGGCUCUCAAACAGGGCCACAUCAGGCAUUCCACAUCCCCUGCUGCUUCCAGCUUCUUUGUGGCCAAGAAGGGCAGAGUCUCUCGUCAGGAUAUCACCCCCAGACUAACGGGCAAACGGAGAGGAAAAUCCAGGAAUGCGUACUCUGCUACCAGCCGCCAUUGUUCCUCUGGGUUGGGGAACCCUCUGGCAGUCAACCAUUGGUUCUGUGAGAGGGUCUGGGAUGCUGCCCAUCAUCAUCUGCAGCGAGCAGUGCGCUGUCAGAAGGGAAACGGCAAUGCCCGGAGAUUCUCGACUCCCACCUUUCAGCCCGGACAGAAAGUGUGGCUCUCCACCAAGGACAUCAGGUUGCACCUGCCUUGCAAGAAAUUAAAUCCCAGAUACAUUGGUCCCUUCACCAUCCUGGAACAGAGCCUGGCACAGCAGAAUAACCCCCCCCCCCCGCUGCUACUCCAGGAUGAUGGACCCAUCUAUGCCAUCAAGGAAGUCCUGGACUCCCGGCACCGUAGGGGUCGUCUCGAGUACCUGGUUGACUGGGAGGGAUAUGGACCAAAGGAAUGCUCCUGGGUACCUCGAGAUGACAUCCUGGAUCCGGUCCUCACUCAGACCUUCCACUUGAACCAUCCUGAUUGUCCUGCUCCACGCGGAUGGGGCCGGGGCCGGGGCUGGCCACGGCACUGGGGUGUACGGUCCUUUGGAGUGGCCCGUGGGGGGGUGGGUAGUGUCACGCUCACACCAGGCUCUCGCUCACUCAGCCUUCACACUCACCGGAGUACUAAUCAUGCAUAUCUGAUACUCAUCAGCCCUCAUCACCAACACUAAGCAGAGCACACACACACUCGUCUGAUGCUACAAGACUUCUUGCCUCAACCUACCUACUACGAGCUUCUAUUAUAUCCUACCAGCGUUGUUACCUUGAUCUAGUCAUCCCAGUUAUCCUCCAGUCAUCCACUGUCUUCUCGUGUGCGUGCG